AGUAGGGAUCAGUAGGUUCGCGGUGGUGGGUAGUGUCGGGUCUUUGCUGCUGUGUGUGACUCACCUGUUGUGUGACUCAUUAGAUAAAGGUGUGGGAGCCUGAGCCAUCUCCCACAUAACAAGGCGCCUCUCUUAAAACUCAGGAAGUGGGUGAUACUACUACCAUGUGCCUGUACGUGGGUUAACAUUGUCCUCGUGCUCUACCUUGUGUUUACAACGUUCUUAUAAAUGAAUGACAGUCUGAAUCAGUAGAAAUACUGAAUAUAUUGUAAAGCAAUUGAAAAAGAGGGAUGCCAUAUACAGUACUGUAGUGUAAUAAUGGUGCGUCGCUGAAGUGAAUACUGAUAUGUGUGUUUAAGUGGAAAAAGUGUCGUACUGUACAACGUAGCUUGUCAAGAUAAUGACACAGUAACAGUGAGGAACCCUCGUGGGUUGACUAGUCCUCGCUCACGGACUCAGCUGUGAAUGGGAACCUAACUCUGGGAGGCCAAAGGGGUCGAGUGCAGUGUUGGCCAUACUGCCUCUUCAUCUACUGGAAGAAAAAAAAAGGCAGAACCAACAGAGCUUCUAACAGGUCGCCAGACUAACUGAACACCUCCUAGAAGUUGCUGCGUCGUCAAUGACGUUAUAAAGGCCAUUGCUAAUAUGAAGGUCUUCUCUAUACUCCCGGUGCUUCUGCUAUGGCAAGUUGGGUCAACUUGGAGCAUUAAGCCUCCCCGCCUCAAUGUGACUGAGGAACUAAUAGUUGGACCUCAGGACGAGUUCUUUAGCCUCCGCUGUGAGGGCACCGCGAAAAUGCACUGGAGCUGGACUGCUGAUUUCACUGAAGAAGACAUUGAUGUAGUGAAAAUCUCAUAUGAGAACCAUCCUCAUUCUGACUACACCUAUGUAUCUACACUCACGGUGACAAAACCACAAUCGAUUGACACAGGCUUCUACUUCUGUGCCUAUGAGGGUGUCAGAGACUACAAAGCUAAUUUGGAACGAGCAGACCAUACUUACAUCUAUGUCUUUGAUGGGAGUCAAGGCCUUGUUAAUCAUGAUUUCACUAACAAAAGAGUCACAACAGCGGAUGAACUUAUUAUUGGGUGUCGUACUACUCUGCCAAAUAUAACCGUUGAGCUCUUCAAAAAUGAUGAAGAGGUGACAGGUGACACACGAUUAUCCUUCGAUCCGAAAAUUGGAUUUACAUAUAAGAAUCUAGAAUUACAAGAUAGUGGAAUGUAUGAAUGUCGGUCACAAUAUAAUGAUAGUCUAAGUACUCUGGUCUCUGUUGUAAUUCCUGCUUCAGUUACUCUACCAAAACCAGCAUUUGAGAAAGCGCCAAAUCAACAUUUUGUUAAAGGACAAGGUUUCAAGCUCACUUGCUCUCUGAUACUGAGCCGCAGCGUUGCAUUUCACUGGACACUUCCAAAUCCAAAUACUGAUCACCAGAUCGAACACUCAAAAGUGAAGCGUAUGAAUGAGUACAGGUUAAGCACCUUACAUGUCCUCAAUGCUACCACUGAUGAUUCCGGAGAGUACAUUUGUCAAGUGUCUGCAGAAGACUCAAGACCUAAUCAAGUAUCCAUGAUUGUUGAAGUGAAAGAAUCAUUAACACCAUACAUCAACAUUUCAACUAUUUCGAAAAUCAAAAUUUCGGAGGGGGAGUACUUGAAAUGGAAGGCUACCAUCUUUUCCUUUCCUUCUGACCCAGAGAUUGUUUACCGAGACAGGGAAGGGAAAGAGCUCAUUGAGACAAACAGGAUUACUACAGAGCAUAAUGCAGCUGAUGCUGUUUCAUGGCUAAAAAUAUGGAAUACCACAGCCAAGGACUUUGGGAAAUAUAUUUUGCAGGCAACAACAAGGGAUGGCAGUGCUAAAAAAUCUGCCACAGUUGACAUUGAAAUUGAGAGUCGACCUGUCACUACAUUGAGGGGUGUACCAUCUUUUGUUACACCUGGAGACACCCUGUCACUCGAAUGUGAAGCUCGAGGUUUUCCACUGCCCAAGGCCAACUGGACUUUUAGACCGUGUCCUAAUGGAACCCAAAAUUGCACUGAAAGUUUUAUGGAUAUCAAGCCUGAAAACUUGGAAGAUAUCCUUCAUGCACCUGGAAACAUCAAGAUUGUGAAAGGCGAUUACACUCCUCAAGAGUCUGGAAUUUUACACUGUGACAUGAGCAACAAGUUUGGAAAUAGUUGUAAAAAUGUUAGCAUUAUAUUGAGUGACAUAGGUGGCACAUUUGUUUUUCGACAUACUGGACAAAACAAAACAACUGGAGUACCUGAACCAUAUCCAGGCAAAUCACUUGAUGUUAUUGUCAAUGAUGACUUCAGUAUCAUGUGCGGAGCCAGCAAGUUUGACUACAAGAGUGUUCAACUUCAAUUUCAUGGAUCAAAUUUGUCAAUAUUUGCAAAUGAGUCAGAGGUCUCUAGACAAAAGCAUAUUAUGGAAGAAAAGGUGACCUUUGAUUUACAAGGAGAUUAUACUUGCACAGCUCAGCCUCAUGAUAACCUCUUGGCUCCCCAUCAAAAGAUCAUAACUAUCAAUGUUCUUGCUGAAGAACGAGUGAAGUUCACUAGAUACGCCAACAUGUACAUCGAAGGCCAGACAGUAGUGGUGAAGGAAAAAGCGCCUUUUUCUCUCAACUGUACUGUCACAGGCACGCCAAAACCAACCAUCAGCUGGUAUAAGGAUAAUGAGCUUCUGACUUUCAACUCCUCCCUUUUUGACAAUGAAACAACAUUCUUGUCGAGUGAUCACCAAAGACUUUUGUUGAAAUAUGUGUUUAAGGAGAAGCACGUUGGUCACUACACCUGCCGUGCAGAAAACCGACUUGGCCCACUCAUAGGCUUCCUCAGUGUCAGUGUUCCUCGAGCUGGUCUUAGUACUGGAGCAAAGGUUGGCUUGGUCAUUGCUUUCAUAGGAAUAGUGUUUCUGGUAGUAGUUGUUGUUGUGCUGAUCAAAAGAGUCAAGACAGAACGAAAAUUCAGAAAAUCAUUCCGCAAGAAUGAGUUAUACUUGUUUGAGAAAGGAAACAUUGGUCAACUUAACCCAGACUGCACAGCUGAUGAACAAGCAGAGCUGCUGCCAUAUGAUCCAGCAUGGGAAGUUCCCAAAGAAGACAUCAAAAUUGGGAAACAGUUGGGUUCUGGAGCUUUUGGGCGUGUUGUAAAAGCAGUAGUGUCAGGAUUGGAUGAAGAUGGUCAACCCACAACAACUGUGGCCCUCAAGAUGUGCAAGAGUCAAGCAGAUCAGUCGCAGGUGCGAGCUUUGGCACUAGAACUCAAAAUCAUGAUUCAUCUUGGCAAACAUCUCAACAUUGUGAACCUCAUGGGUGCCAACACUGCUAAUGUCGGCAAAGGAGAGCUGUGGAUCCUGGUUGAAUACUGUCGCUUUGGUAACCUCCUUUUGUUCAUGCACCGUCAUCGCAAGCAAUUCAUAAAUCAAAUUGAUCCUGUCACUGGCCAAAUAAAUCACUCAAAAUUGUUUAUGGAUCCUACCAGUCCACUGUCACCCACAUCAGAGAGUACAAGGACAGGAUACCGGACUGCACCCAUAACAGACCAGGAUGGAUAUUUAGCUCCAAAAUUCAACCUGGCUGCUCCUCCCCAGGGUCGUAAUACGAUGUCUCCCCCUCAGUCUCCUACAUCCCUCACAGGAUCCUCAGGUGAAAGUUUCCAGUUAGGUGGCCAUCCAAGACAGCAUAUGGAUAAUCCAAUAUACAGUGCUAGGCUACAGCGCUCUGUGAGUGACUGUCCCGAGGGGGAUCCAGGGACCCGUACUAAUUCUGGGGGAUCCCAGAUACCACUGUCCAGGCUACAAAGUGUAGGAUCCAGUGUCCGUUCUGAUAAUGGAUCUGUUGGAUACUCUAGACAUGAUAUGCCAGUCAUAAACACUGACAUGACCACACUUCACUCCGUGCAGUCACCUCUAUCCCCUUCUCCCAUGUCUCCAACUGAUUCAUCCUAUUUCACUCAGUUGGGUUUAGACUCUCAAGGAAACCCAUUUCCCUUUGAGACUGGCCAUAUCCCAGGUGUUAAUGUGCCUUUCACCACAAGUGACCUCUUAUGCUGGGCAUGGCAAGUUGCACAGGGCAUGGAUUAUUUGACCAGCAGAAAGGUUCUUCAUGGAGAUUUGGCUGCUCGGAACCUCCUUCUUGCUGAUAACAAUGUUGUAAAGAUUAGUGACUUUGGUUUGUCAAGAGAAAUGUAUAAAAAGGAUGUCUACAUGAAAAAGGGAGAUGAUUUAAUGCCGAUUAAAUGGAUGUCGAUAGAAGCUAUUCGUGAUCGCAUCUUUAGUGUCCAGAGUGAUGUAUGGGCAUAUGCAGUCACCCUAUGGGAACUCUUCUCCUUGGGUUCCACACCUUAUCCUGGGAUAGAGGUCAACAAGGACUUUCUGAAGCUGCUUGAGGAUGGAUUCAGGAUGGACCGACCAAAAUAUGCAAACCAAGAAAUUUAUGAUUUACUCCUAAACUGCUGGGCGAGUGAACCAAGAAACCGACCAGGUUUUCAGAAAAUUGCUGAAUGUCUUGGUGUUAUGAUGCUGCCAGACCUGAGAGGACGAUACAUGACAAUGAAUGACCCCUAUCUGCUGAUGAAUGAGGAACAUUUUAGGACAAAAACAGACUAUCUCGACAUGCUAUCGAGUCCUGAUUUUGAUAACCUCAACAGGGAGGAUGAUGAGACCAGAGCUCAUUAUGUCAACAUUCAGAAUGGUGAAUUUGGAAACAGAGAUGACAACUACCUGAACAUGAGGUCACCGGACCUAGUAGGGUACUCCCGUGUUGGUAUGGCUCCAGACACCCCGUCAGGAGUGUCUAAUCCCCACUACCUGCACAUGAAUUCCACCCAGGGCUCUCCAACUCCCACGGCUGAUGUGUUUAGUCCACGACCUGAUGAAAUCUCCAGAUUCACCUUUGGGCAAGGAACUGAAAGCUCAAGACUGACUGAGCUUCCAGAGGAGGAUGAAGGCACCUCUCAAGAUGCAAGUAUGAGCACAGAUCACCAGACUACUGAAAAUUCAUCCUUGAUAAAUGGUGUUUCUAAAGAUCCCUCUCAAGAUGAUGCUCUUUCAAACCAUUCCUAUCAUUCAUCCAGUAGUCAAACUAACAGCAAAAAAGAAGAAACAUUAGAUAUGGAUAUAAAUAAUGGUGAAAUGACAUAUAUAAAUCUUCCAAUGCAUGGCUCAGAAUAUGCAAAUCUUUAGUAAACAAAGUGUAGUGUUUCUUCUGCUGAGUGUGAAUAACUGGGAUAGGAUGCUCAGUUAUUAUAUGCAAUUUUCUAGCAUUCCUAACCAUAAAUUGUACCUAAGAUUAAAUUUAAGUUUAGUUUUUAAGAAAGGUAUUACACUACCAACCAAUGGAAAGAUUACUGCCGUGGACAUGUACCGGUAUAUAAAAGAUUAUAUAUUUUCCCUGAUUUUGUACAAUUAUAAUAGAAAAUGUGUAUAAAUAGCUUAAUUAUGUAAUGAAAUCAAUAGCUUUCUUAGUCCAUCAUAUUUCUUUCAUAUUUUAAAAUACAUAUCUCUAUGUGACUUAUUUGUGCACCGAAGCUGGUUAUACAGUACUGUACUAACAAGCUUAAGGCGGCAUCACACAAUAGGUCUCUUAACUACAGAAUACAUGCACUAACUGGAAGGGGCUGCCUCUACUGUGCACUGGAUGAAGGGAUGUUAUGCACCAAACAGCCUGUUUUGUAAAUCAUUUGCUAUGAUUAAGUAAAGAUCAAAAUUAGGUUUACAGGUUCAGAAUUUAAAAAAAUAGUCAUAUUAUGAAUUAUAGAGGAUUUAGUGUAGUUAAUAAUUGAAAAAAUUAAGGAGGAUGACUUGACUUCGCAGUAACCCUUUGAUAUGUUUAUGUUUUAUAUUUUUUUUUACAUGAUCUCUAUAAAAUGCAUCACAUACAGUACCUGUACAGUACUGUAAUUUUAGACCAAUUUUUUUUUAUUACAGGUUGCCCAAAUUUAUGUUGGCUUCUCAAGAACCAGAUUCAAACUUCCAUGGUUUUCUUUCUGUUAACCAGAUUUCGAUUACAGUAGACCCUCGCCAACUGCGAUUUCCCAUUUGCAGAUUCUGGGCAUCCACAGUUUUUACUCUGUAUACCAUUUCACCAACCACGGUAUUGAAUUUUGAGUAUCCGCGGACUAGUGUAGCGUCUGUAUCCCUCUGCGAUCUAAUGUAUUCCUCCGUAAAUGUGAGAAAUUAAUAAAAAUAAUAUUAAUUAAUAAAAGAAAAGAAAAAAUACUGCAUUACCAUUUGGCAAUCGUCUCACUAAGGACAUGGGAGACAGAAGCUCACUCCCCCCUCCCUCUCCCAUGAUCUUGAGCUAAAUCAUGCAAAUGUAAGAAAUGUUUACAAGUGGUCGCCGACUUACGAAUGCUCGCCGAUACAAAUGGGGUUAAACUUGAAAUUUACAGUAUUUUAUUUACCUGCUGACUUAUUUUUUACUUUCAUUUACUGUAUUUUGUCAUUCUAUUUCUUCUUUUGUCUUAAAUUAAGUUAUUUUAUAUGUAUAAAAGGACUUAGGGUAUGAUAUAUGUAGUGGGAUUUUAAACAUUGUUCUGUAAGUACGGUAUGCACAUAGUAUGUGUUUCGACUUACGUACAUUUUCAACUUAAGAACGUUCUCAGGAACAGAGCCCGUUCAUAACCCGGCGACCUCCUGUAUUCUCUUUGUUUUUUAUUUAUUUUUUAUUUUAUUUUUUAUUUAUUUAUUUUUUUUAGACUAUGAGUUGAAAAAACAACAACAAUAACACAGCUCACAGCUUGUCCUGAUAAGGAGAGGCUGAGAUCCCCGCCACCACAUUCCCCUCACAACCUUUCCCCUCCCACGAUCCGACACUUAACUCCCGUGGAAGUAAGAAAUGCUUAUUCUCUAAAUUUUUUACCUUAUGAUAAUAAUUUUUUUUAUUUAUUUACACAUUCUGUAUGAAUGAUUGUGUGUGCAUGUAACAGUAAAAAAAAAUGAAUAAAAAAAGUAUAUUACCCAAAAAUAAGUUGAAAAAUAACAAUACAGUAAUACAGUUUGACCUGGUAGGGUGAGACACAGGCGACCUGCCAAGUCCACACACACACGUUCACACCCAUGCUCUUCAUUUUUCUUAUUUUAUAGCAACGUACCAUCUCCACAGAGAUAUAGUGUAAAAUUUGUAUUACUAUUUAAUUUAUACUAAGCUAUUUAUAUUUAUUUGACUCAAAUGUAAUUCAGUGUACAAUACAGGUAUUGUUUAGUGAAGGAACAGUCAACUUAGUUAGGAUUUGACGAAUGUUAUCCGCGCCCAUGGAACCUAACCCCAUAUUUCCCACAGAUUUGCCAACUACUGGGGUUUUCAGGAUCCUAACGCACACGGUUGGCGAUGGACUACUGUAUGCCAGGCUAACAUUUGUGUGUACACAGGUGCACAUAAUGCUUUAUCUUAACCACAUGUAAUGCAUCACAGGAAAAGGGCUUACCAGAACACACCUGGGACUUGUUGUAUAUAAACUUUUAUUCUACUCA